GUGUCCGGUUCCUGACCCGGAGCAUCCUGUGCCUGGCGCCUCAGCUCCACACACACACACACACACACCCGACAUGGCCAGCGAUGACUCCUCCUCCCUUAUGGCCGGGGUCAUCUACUACAGCCAGGAGAAGUACUUCCACCAUGUGCAGCAGGCUGCAGCUGCGGGCCUGGAGAGGUUCAGCAAUGACCCGGUGCUACACUUCUUCAAAGCCUACGGAGUACUUAGAGAAGACCACAUCCAAGAGGCCAUCAACAGCCUGGAGAGCAUCCGGAAUCACCCCGACGUGACCCUGUGCUGCACCAUGGCCCUCAUCUACGCACACAAGCACUGGGAGAGCGUCGACAGAGAGGCGGUUCAGGAGCUGGAGAGCAGCCUGAAGGAGAGGCGCAAAACUGCCAGUGGGAACGCCCUAUACUACGCCGGCCUCUUCCUCUGGCUCAUGGGCCGCCACGACAAGGCCAAGGAGUACAUCGACCGCGCGCUGAAGAUGUCCUCAAGUUGCUUCAGAGAGGGCUAUGUGCUCAGAGGCUGGGUGGACCUCACGUGCGGCGAGCCCCACAUGGUGAAGAAAUCCAUUAAGUACCUGGAGCAGGGGAUCCAGGACAACAAAGAUGUGCUGGGGAUGAUGGGGAAGGCGACCUACUUCCUGAUGCAGCAGAACUACACGGGAGCCCUGGAGGUGGUGAACCAGAUCACCGUGGCCUCGGGGGCCUUCCUGCCUGCCCUGGUCUUGAAGAUGAGGCUGUUCCUGGCACAGCAGGACUGGGAGCAGGCCAUGGAGACCGCCAACAGAAUCCUGGAGAAGGACGAGAGCAACAUCGACGCCUGCCAGACCCUGGCGCUGCACGCGCUGGCCAGAGAGGGCGACACGGCUUUGUCUGCUCGGCUCAUCAGAAAUCUGAUCAAGGCGUUGGAGACCAGAGAGCCUCAGAACCCGCACCUCUAUCUCAAAAAGAUCCUUGUGGUCAGUCGACUGUGUGGCAGGCAGCAGGCGGUCCUGCAGCAGGUGUGCAGCUUCCUGGAACGUACCUUCAUGACCACGUCAUCCUUCGCCCAGGCGGCCACGGAGCUGGGCUACCUCUACAUCCUGCACGGCCAGGUGAAGGAGGCGCGACUGUGGUACAAGGAGGCCAUGAAGCUGGAGGAGAGCAAUGUGACAGUGCUGACAGGGAUCAUCUGGUGCCAGAUCUUGGAGGGCCACCUGGAGGAGGCAGAGCACCAGCUGGAGUUCUUAAAGGAGGUGCAGCAGUCUCUGGGCAAGUCUGAGGUGCUGGUCUUCCUGCAGGCCCUCCUGAUGUGCAAGCAGCACAAGGGGGCGCAGGAGGCCCGGAUGCUGCUGAAGGAGGCCGUGGAGCUGCACUUCUCCAACAUGCAGGGCCUCCCGCUGGGCCCCGACUACCUGGAGAAGCUGAACCCCCUCUUCCUGGUCUGCAUCGCCAAGGAAUAUUUGGUCUUCUGCCCCAAGCAGCCCCGCUCGCCAGGCCAGAUCGUGUCUCCGCUGCUGAAACAAGUAGCCAUGAUCUUGAGUCCUGUAGUCAAAGCAGCCCCUGCUCUGAUCGACCCCCUGUAUGUGAUGGCUCAGGUCAAGUAUCUCUCAGGAGAGUUCGAGAACGCCCAGAGCACCCUGCAGCGCUGCCUGGAGCUGGACCCCACCUCCGUGGAUGCCCACCUGCUCCUGGCCCAGAACUACCUGGCUCAGGGCAACUUUGCCCUUUGCUCCCACUGUCUGGAGACGGGUGUCAGCCACAACUUCCAGGUCCGGGACCACCCCCUCUACCACUUCAUCAAGGCCAAGGCCCUCAACAAGUCUGGGGACUACCCAGAGGCCAUCAAGACGCUGAAAAUGAUCAUGAAGUUGCCAGCCGUGAAGGAGGCGGGCAGGAGGCCUCGGGGGCCGUCCGUGGGCCCCAGCGAGCGCAUCUGCAUCCUGCUGGAGCUGGUGGACGCCCUCAGGUUGAACGGGGAGCUGCACGAGGCCACCAGGGUCAUGCAGGAUGCCAUCAAGGAGUUCAGCGGCACGCCCGAGGAGAGCCGCAUCACCAUCGCCAACGUGGACCUGACCCUGAGCAAAGGCAGCGUGGACAUGGCUCUGAGCAUGCUGAGGAACAUCACGCCCAAGCAGCCCUGCUACACGGAGGCCAAGGAGAAGAUGGCCGACAUCUACCUGCGGAGCCGCAAGGAUGUCCGCCUCUAUAUUGGCUGCUACAGGGAGCUCUGCGAACAUCUGCCUGGCCCCCAUACCAGCCUGCUACUGGGUGAUGCUUUCAUGAAUAUUCUGGAGCCUGAAAAGGCCCUGGAGGUCUAUGACGAAGCCUACAAAAAGAACCCACAUGAUGCCUCCCUGGUCAGCAGAAUCGGGAAGGCUUGCGUGAAGGCCCAUGAGUACAACAAGGCCAUCAGUUACUACGAGGCGGCCCAGAAGAUGAGCGGGUCUGACUUUCUGUGCUGUGACCUGGCAGAGCUACUGCUCAAGUUGAAGAAGUUCAGCAAAGCAGAAAAAGUGCUGAAGCUGGCGCUGGAACGGGACUCGGAUAAAGAUGUCCCCUCCUUGAUGAAUGAUGUCAAGUGCUUGCUCUUGCUGGCCAAGGUUUACAGCAGCCACAAAAAAGAAGACGUGAUCGAGACCCUGAACAAGGCCUUGGAGCUCCAGUGUCGCAUCCUGAAGCGGGUCCCCCUGGAACAACCGGAAAUGAUCCCGUCCCAGAAGCAGCUGGCGGGGGCCAUCUGCGUCCAGUGCGGAGACCACCACAUGGCAGAGAGGGACUACGCCAAGGCCGAGCGGGCGUACAAGGACGCCCUCUCCUACGUGCCCACGGACAACAAGGUGGUGCUGGCGCUGGCGCAGCUCUACCUGCUGCAGGGACACCUGGACCUGUGCGAGCAGCACUGCACCAUCCUGCUGCAGACCGACAAGGACCACGAGGCCGCCUUGGAGAUGAUGGCCGACCUGCUGUUUCGGAAGCAGAAGUAUGAAGCCGCCGUGGACCUCUACCACCAGGUCCUGCAGAGAGCCCCAGACAACUUCUCACUCUUGAAUAAGAUGAUGGGUCUGCUACGACGGUGUGGGCAACUAGGGGACGCCCCAAACUUCUUUGAACUGGCCAAGAAGAAGUCCAGCCGGGUGCCUUUGGAGCCGGGGUUCAACUACUGCAGAGGCAUCUACUGUUGGUACCUCGGGCAGCCCAACGAAGCCCUGAAGUUCCUCAACAAAGCACGCAAGGACAGCACGUGGGGGCAGAGUGCCAUCUCCUACAUGGUCCAGAUCUGCCUGAACCCCGACAACGAGAUCGUGGGCGGGGAGUCCUUCCAGAACAUCACAGUUGAGAGCAACCCCUCGGACAGGAAGCAGGCAGAGGAACAGGGCUUGUGCACGGCCGAGAAGCUGCUGCGUGAAUUCUACCGGCAUGCGGCCGGGGCCCAGAGUCAGCUCCUGCUGCUCAAAGGCCUCUGGCUGCUGGCCACCAGGGACAAGACCAACGUGGAGAUAGCACUGAGCACCUUCAUCGAGAUGGCGCAGUCCGAGAGGGACAGCGUCUCCGUCCUGCUGGCCAUGUCCCAGGCGUACAUGCUGCUGAAGCAGGUUCCCAAGGCACGCACGCAGCUGAAGCGUCUGGCCAAGGCCCCGUGGACGCCGGCCGAGGCCGACGACCUGGAGAAGAGCUGGCUCCUGCUGGCGGACAUCUACUGCCAGAGCGGCAAGUACGACCUCUCCUCGGAGCUGCUCCGGCGCUGCGUGCAGUACAACAAGUCCUGCUGGAAGGCCUAUGAGUACAUGGGCCUGAUCAUGGAGAAGGAGCAGUCCUACAAGGACGCAGCCACCAACUACGAGCUGGCCUGGAAGUACAGCUACUGCGCCAACCCCGCCAUUGGCUUCAAACUCGCUUUCAACUACUUGAAGGACAAGCGAUUCGUGGAGGCUGUCGAAGUCUGCCACAGCGUCCUCAAGGAAUACCCCAACUAUCCGAAAAUCAGAGAAGAAAUUUUGCAAAAGGCCCAAAGCGCUCUGAGGCCCUAGGGCUGCUGGUAGAAGCCAGGUGGAGCGGAAGCUUUCACGGAGAGGCUGGGAAGAGGGUC